CAUCACAACACAUAAACCCGCGAACUUUCUCCUCUCAUAACCACCAUAAAAUACAUCAUGGGUUCUUUAUAACCACUCUUUUUUGCUUAUCAGGAAAUCUUACCUAGGCGCUAUCUGAGAUUACACUGAAGCUGUCUAUUUCCGUGGUUCGUGGCUCUGGUGGAUUGAUCUGCAGAAACGUUAACAUCAGACUACCCUACACUCGCUGUAUCUGACACGGUGCUCUCAUAAUUACUUGCCUCCAUCCUCGGCCCCUUUUGUCGGCGUUGCAGAUGAAUUGUGAGCUACAACCUGUCGCGUCGGGAAUUUCUCUGGUUCGGGUAUCCAUCCUAGGACCGGCAAAUUCUAGCCGAAUAUGGUGAUUAUGGAUUCCACAAAUGGCAGCGAUGUUGUCAUGGCCGAGGGCGUUCUGGAAAAUGGCGGAAAUGGCUUUAUCGACCCAAGGGAUAUGCACCUCACCGAGAAUGACGACAGCAUUGGGCAACUAAAUUUUGGAGAAGAAGACGAUGCUGCGGAUAUGUCAGAUAUUUCUGAACCCUCAGUGGAUUCGCAGGCCUUAACUUUUACCGGGCGAAAGAAAUACCUGCCCACUGGGUGUUGUUACGACGAUCGGAUGAAGUUACAUGCAAAUGCCGAUUUCUCCGUUGAUCCGCCGCACCCCGAGGAUCCAAGGAGGAUCUCAUCAAUAAUGAGGGCAUUCAAGGAAGCAAAACUCGUUUAUACUGGCCCGGAAGAGAACCUUGCAGGGAUCUUGAAGAACUCGCCGACCGCGUAUAUGUAUCGGAUCGCAGCGAGAGGCGCUACGCCAGCGGAGAUCUGCACGGUCCAUACGCCACUGCAUUUCAAGUGGGUUUCUGACCUCUCUGGCAUGUCAUCGGAUGAGCUGCGUGCUAUGAGCAGGGCCCUCGACACAGGGCGAAAGUCACUAUAUGUUGGUAAUUAUACCUAUGAAGCCGCACUCAUUGCCGCUGGGGGUGCCAUCGAGACAUGUAAGAACGUUGUGGCGGGCACGGUCAAGAACGCAAUUGCUGUGAUCCGACCACCUGGACAUCACGCCGAAAGUGACGAGGCCUUGGGAUUCUGUAUGUUCAACAAUGUUCCCGUUGCGGCGCGAGUUUGCCAGGCCGAUUUCCCGGAUAGCUGUCGAAAAGUCCUGAUUCUUGAUUGGGACGUGCACCACGGCAACGGAAUUCAGAAUAUAUUCUAUGACGAUCCGAAUGUUCUCUACAUAUCCCUCCACGUGUACAAAGACGGAUCUUUCUACCCUGGCUUCCCCGACGAUCCAUCGGUGCCUGAUGGAGGGCUGGGUAACGUCGGUGCUGGCCCAGGGUCUGGGAGAAAUGUUAACAUACCGUGGCACGCGCAGGGAAUGGGCGACGGCGAGUACCUCGGCGCCUUCCAGAAAAUCGUUAUGCCCAUCGCCCAGGAAUUUAACCCAGACCUUGUCAUCGUCGCUGCUGGCUUUGACGCCGCGGAUGGCGAUGAGUUGGGCAGCUGCUUUGUUUCGCCUGCGUGUUAUGCGCACAUGACCCAUAUGUUGAUGUCGCUUGCUGGCGGCAAAGUAGCUGUCUGUCUUGAGGGCGGGUACAAUCUGAAAGCUAUCUCGCGGUCUGCUUUGGCCGUGGCGAAAACACUGAUGGGAGAGCCGCCGGAGCGCAUUGAGUUGCCGCCGAUCAACAAGGAGGCGCUGAAGAUCCUACAUCGAGUUAAGGAGGCCCAUGCGCCGUUCUGGGAGUGCAUGCAGCCGGGGAAGAUUAAUGUGAAGGAAGAGGAGGGCCCGGAUAGGGUGAGAUUGAAUGCUGUUAUCCGCGCAUAUCAACAUAAGAUUCUCCGACAGAAGUACAAGAUGGUCGAUAUGUACGUUACAAGGGAUAAACUAGCCAAGGGGCUGGAGUACCAGGUGCUAAUCACGAGCGAGUUUACGACGGCAAAGAAGAUUCUUCUUAUCAUUCACGAUCCACCUGAACUCUUGGCUAUCCCUGAUCCCAUCGAUUACUCCGUUGAGCCACAUAACUCGUGGAUGAGCGAUGGUAUAAUGGCCUACAUCGACUGGGCCGUCAACAACGGUUACGCGGUCAUCGACGUUAAUAUGCCCAUGCACAUCGAAGACGCAGGCGUGAACAUUGAAGAAGAAGGAUUUAUCGAGCGCCCAACCGAGAUGGUGCAUCGCGCGCGUAUGAAGGAGCUCAUGUGCUACCUCUGGGACAACUAUCUUGAACUCCACGACUCGGAGCACGUUGUGCUUAUGGGUGUUGGCGACUCCUACAGUGCUGUUAGAGAACUGCUCGUGAACAGAGAGUCCAAGCACAAAGUUCCCCUUGUCGUCUCCUUUGUCUCUGGCUCCCUGCGCCCCGUUCGCAGCGAGACGGACGCCAGUCUUGCGCACUGGUACAAGAAGCACUCCCGCGUGUAUGUGGCAGCCGAUCACCUGUGCUGGACGGAUCCGGAGUUGGAGCGGAAGGUGACGAAGAGCCGGUUCGGGCGCGUCGUGAAGAGCGGAGUGGAGGGGCUGAACAAUAUGCUUCGGGCGCAUUUGCCGGAGGUGGUGGGGUUGUUGGGCAGUGUUGGAGAGGAGGGAGAUGAGGAGAAGGGGCUUGUUUAGGUGCCUUACUCUUUGUUGGGGAAACGGACAUUCCUGUGUGUUACGGUGGGGUUGUACGCCCAAAAAAUGACAAUUUUUUCUGCGGGGAAUUGUCUAGCCCCUGCUAAGCCCAGGAGGCUCGGCUUGUUCGGACUUUGGGGGUUUCCCCAGGGCUACAAAUAGCGUACGUAGGCCUGUAGAUUAGGUAAAAAAUUCAAUUGAUUCUAUUCUAUAUACUGUAAUCUACUGACGAGUUUUCGUGCCCGUUGCGCAAAAGCCCGAAGGUCCGGUCACCAAAGACACCACACAAUUUGUGUGUAAUCGCUAUAUUUCGGUCCUUCAACAGGUUAUGAGCCCGGCGACGGUUAGGAAGCUUCAUGUUUUGAACUGAAGAAUUGAUUCCGAAGUCUCACAAUAAAGUGAGAGCAUGAGUUACCCACUGGUAAUACUCAGUCUAAAGGCAGUGUAUUAGAUAGCAUUAUACGGCCCGUAUACGGGUUCAUUUUUGUAACCAGUGCGUAUACGAUACGGGUUCAACUUAAUAUGCAAUAGCACUAGUUAAUCCGAUGCGGAGCCACCCAAGGAAGGGAUGAUUUUACUAAGACAACACACUGUCUUAGAAAACAGAGCCAAAGGGUCGUAGCUUAGACUAUUCCACAACGCAGCAAUCAGGUGUGUGAUGUAGUGAAGUGGUUCAGACAAGUUGCAACAAAUGUUGAGUCUGGGAACUCAGGGGUAAGUCAGAGGUUAACACCUC